AUGGCAACACGCGUCACUACAAUACAAAUCGUUGUGGAUAGUAAUUCGUCGAGAGAAGAGAAAUCUAUUCAAACAAUAUAUGCACAAAUUAAACAAGUUAUAUGCGAUGAAGGUGCAGAUGAAAAAUUAGUAGCGGCAAAUAUCGAGGACAAAUUAAAGGAUCACCCAUAUAAGAGACAAAAAAACGAAAUAUUAGAAAAACUUGAUGAAGAAAAUAAUUAUGCAGCACUUCAUUAUGCUGUUCUUUCGAACAAUGUUUCGAUUUUUGAAACGUUAAUUGAAAAAUACAAAUGUGAUAUUAAUUUGAUCGGAAAUGAUGGACAAACACCAUUGCACCUGGCUGCACGUUCACGCGAAGUUGAAGAAGCUACAGGCGAAGAGGCAUUAUUGCGUGAUGUUCAAGGGGCAUUGCCAAUUCAUUAUGCUUGUCGUUAUGGUACUAGAGAAAUGCUUAAUUUGUUUGGUGACAGCUUUACUCAGUUAUUCGAUGAAAAAACCCUCGACCAAAAACGACCAAUAGAUGUUGCUGCUGAAUAUGGCCAUCUUGAUAUCAUUGAAGAGUUUUUGCGUCAAGUACCUGCAGAUGACUCAAAAAGUAUUACAGCUUUGGCUUAUGCCGCAAUUCGUCAUAAAAACAAUACAGUUGUUUCCUAUCUUCUCCGAAAUCAAUCAAAUUAUUUUCCUAAUGAUGGUAUACUUCACGCUGCUUGUCGUGAACGAUAUGGACACAAAUCAAUAUCGUCUUUAAGAAUUACUGAAGAGGACCUACAAAGAACAGAUCAAGAUGGAUUAACUCCAUUAAUGGUAGCUGUUAAACAUCGUCGUUUUGAAUGUGUUAAAGCUCUUCUUGACACGAAACAGUGCACUACGAGUGUUUUUAGUGAACGUAGCAAAAACCUUAAACAUACGGUGCUUCACAUUUGUGCAGAAGUACAAUACAAAGAAAUUACUGAUAUUCUUUUCGAAACGCUCAAGAAUCUAGAGAACUUCAGAGAUACAUUGAUUCCUCAAGAUGUGAUGGGAAAUACAUCUUUACAUAUCUGUGCUCAAAAAGGUAAUAAUUAUAUGUGUGAAAAAAUAUUAGAACUUUACAAAACCUUACCAAGAAGUAAUCCAGGAAAAAAGCCAAUAUGGCUUCUGAAUAAUUAUAAUAAACUAACAGCUUUUCAAGAAGCUGUCAAGAGUAAUCAGUUGCAAGUUGUUCAAGCUAUGCUUACUCUAGUACCUCAUACAGAUUCACGGAGAAAGAUGAUUCGUGCUACUGAUGAUCAACUCCGUACAAGCUCAGACAUCACAGAAUCGAAGGAUCCACGGAAAACGAUGAUUCGUGCUACCGAUGAUCAACUCCGCACAUGUUUACAUAUCGCAGCAUUGAAGGGUAAUUCCGAAAUAGUAAAUUUACUCAUAAACGAAAAUUUAUUAGACGUAAAUUAUCCUGAUAUGAAUGACAAUACACCAUUACAUAACGCAGUUGCAUGGGAUAAUGAUGAUGAAGAAGAUAUUAAAGAGCGACUUAAAUGCAUCCAGUAUUUAAUCGAAAACAAGGCAGAUAUUAAUGCUUAUAAUAUUCGGCGAGAAACACCAUUACACAAUGCAUCUAGAUAUGGAUCAUUCAAGCUUGUUAAAUCCUUACUCGACCAUAAUGCUGAUCUCUUAGUGACUAAUAUAAAUGGUAUGAAUUGUCUCGAAGUUGCAAUCGAAGAAAAAAAUGAAUCAGUUGUUAAAUACUUUAUUGAUCAUGAUCAAAUAUUUGAUCUAAUGCGUAAUGCUCAAUUUUCAUGUGGUGGGAAUGAAAAGAAUAAAUCAGAUUCCUGGGCUGACACACCUAUGAGAAAGCUUAUUGUAAACAUGCCAGAUAUGGCUUUUCUUAUUCUCGAAAAGUGUACGAUUGACAUCGGUGACGAAAGAACGGACUUACACAAAAAAAUAUACAAUUACGAAUUCUUAGACGAUGAAUAUUUUAUUGGUACCUGGAUAAAUGGUAAGAAAAAAAUAAUGAUCUUUCAAUCAGAAUUCAUAGUUGCAGUUGUGACUUGCAUACAAAUAAAAAUAUAA